CAUUUGCUGCCUUUGCUGCUUCCCACGGCGGGAACAAGCAGCGCGUUCUGCAGCCGGCGUCCAGAGAAGAAAGGCAGCCUUGUCCAGCCCAGCGGCGGGGCGCCGGCUGGGGCUGCUGCACUCCUGCCCCGCAUUCCGACAGCCAGCCAGCUGCGGAGGGGCUGCAGCCCCCAAGGGACGCACGGGCUGCAGCAGCCGUCUCCAGGGCCGUGAGGAGCCAGCCCAUGCCUGAGAGCACCUGGCGUCUCCAAGCAGGCACCAUGGAGGCAUCUGGCAGGACCCCAACCAGCCCAACCCACAGAAUCCAGACCGUCAUCCAGAACAGCCACUUGGACCUGAUCGACACGGGCAAGGGGCUGAAGGUGCAGACAGAGAAGCCGCACUUGGUGAGCCUGGGCAGCGGCCGGCUCAGCACUGCCAUCACGCUCCUGCCCCUGGAGGAAGGCAGGACCACCAUUGGCACGGCCGCGAGGGACAUCAUCCUGCAGGGCCCCGGGCUGGCGCCUCAGCAUUGCUACAUCGAGAACGUGCGGGGGCUGCUCACCCUCCACCCUUGCGGCAAUGCCUGCACCAUCGACGGCGUGCCGCUACGGCAGCCCACGCGCCUUACGCAAGGGUGCACCAUCUGCCUGGGCCAGGCCACCUUCCUCCGCUUCAACAACCCUGCUGAGGCCAAGCGGAUGAAGAGCAUGAUCCCGGCGGGGGGCAGGAGCUCGGGGGCUCUCUACGGGCUGCCAGCAAAGCCCGAGGCCCUGGUGAACGGUGGCCAGCAGCCACCGGAGCGUGGGUGUCCCAGCCACAGCUCCCUCGUCAGCUCCAUCGAGAAGGACCUGCAGGACAUCAUGGACUCACUGGUGCUGGAGGACCCAGUGUCCCCCGCUGGCAAGAAGACACCUGCCAGUGGCCGCUCCCCACUCUCUCCCGUGGUGAAUGGGGGUGGACACUGCCUCCUGUCCCCGCUGCCCAGCCCUGGGACUGCCUCGGGGGGUUCCAGCUACGAGAACUUCUCCCCUCUCUCCUCCCCAGCCAGCAGCAGCGGCUACACCAGCCCGUCACCCAGCAGCCAGGAGCAGGGUCCACCUGUGCCCCCCCUUGUUCCUCUCCGCUCCUCCAGCUAUAACCAUGCCUUGCAGCCCCCUCCCCACCGUCCACCCCCCCAGCCCAACGGGGGCCUCGGCGAGCCUUGGCCGGCUGAGAGGCUCGGGGAUCACCGUCCGGGCAGCCCCCAGCUGACCCCCAGGGCAGCACCGCGGCCGCGGGUGGCCCUUCAGGAGCGGCCCCCCAGCCCCUUCCGUGAGCCACGGGACUCCCCGGUGCCCAGCCGGCAGCCCCCCAGCAGGGCAGUGCCAGAGGCCCGGCUGCAGCCCCCCGAGAGCCCGCGGGCCACCCGCAGGAAUGUGGAGAGCCUGCGGGAGCUGCCCCCGCUCAGCCCCUCCUUGUCGCGCCGGGCCGCCAACCCUCGGGUGGCCUCGGAUGCCCCAUCCCCACAGCCCCGGCUGGGCAGGGAGGUGCCCGGCAGCCCCCGCGCCAGGCGCAAGGGCCCAGAGGAGCUGCGGCGUGCCGGGAGCCCCUCACCCCCGCUGCUGGCUGAGACCCCCUCACGCCGCCCCAGCUUCGGCACCUGCCUGAGCUCGGCAUACGGGCCGGGCUCCCCGGCUGCGCCCUCGCCCCGGCAGAGCCCCCGCGUCACCAGGAAGGCCCUGGGGGACCCCCGUGCACUGACGGGGCCACGGGAGCGCAAGAACAGCAUCACUGAGAUCAGCGACAAUGAGGACGAGCUGCUGGAGUACCACCGGCGGCAGCGGCAGGAGCGGGUGCGGGAGCAGGAGAUGGAGCGCCUGGAGCGCCAGCGCCUGGAGACCAUCCUGAACCUGUGUGCUGAGUACACCAAGACAGAUGGCAGUGAGCCGAGCGAAACGCACCAGCUGCCGGCUGGCGAUGUGGAUGCCGGCCGGCGUGUGCCCAGGGCUGCUAUGGCUCUGGGCCAUGCUGCUGAGGAGCUGCGGCAGAGGGAGAGCCUGGAGAAGUCAGAUGAGGAGACCUUGAAGGAGGAGUGCAGCAGCACCGAGAGCACCCACCAUGAGCACGAGGAGCUGGCGGGACCCCGCGCCAGGGAGGCGCAACGGCUGGAGGAAGAGCGUGCCCGUGUGCUUGGCCACCUGGACCAGCUCAAGGGUCGCGUCAAGGAGCUGGAGCAGCAGCUGCAGGAGACAUCCCGAGAGGCGGAGAUGGAGCGGGCGCUGCUGCAGGGCGAGCGGGAGGCUGAGGCGACACGGCUGCGGCAGGAGCAGGAGGUGCUGCAGCAGCUGCAGGAGAAGCUCUCCAGCCUGGACACUAGCAUCCGAAAGGAGCGGGACAAGGAGAGGGAAAAGGUUGAUGCUGAAAGGAAGGAGCUAGAGCAACUGCGGGCGCUUUACCAUGAGUCGAAGAGCCACCUUGAUAAGUGCCCCGAGUCCCUGCGGGAGCAGUUGCGGGAGCAGAUGCGAAGGGAGGCAGAGGCACUGGAGACGGAGGCCAAGCUCUUUGAGGACCUGGAGUUCCAGCAACUGGAGCGGGAGAGCCGCCUUGAGGAGGAGCGGGAGGCGCAGGGGCAGCAGCUGCUGCAGAGCCGGGCCGAGUGCCACCGCAGCAUCGUCUGCAGGAAGGAGCGGGUGGCUGCCCUGGAUGCCCAGGCUGCCCAGAUCCGCCUGCAGAGUGCCCAGGAGGCUGAGCGCCUGGCCAGGGAGAGGAACAGCGUGCUGCAGCUCCUGCAAAAGGAGAAGGAGAAACUUGCAUCUCUGGAGAGGCAAUACCAUCUCGUUACAGGCGGCAGGAGCUUCCCCAAGAUGUCCUCAGCUCUCAGAGAGGAGAGCCUGCAUAUCUCAGAGCCUUAUGAGCUGCUGGAGGGAACUAAAUCUCUGAGCCCCCUGCCAGCAGCAACUACCUCCUUAGCUUCUUCUGCUGCCUGCUGCUACCCCAAGGCACAAGAGAUCUAUCGUUCCAAAACGGAGGGCGACACGGGUGCCCUCACCCCUCGGAUGAAGAGCGGGACCCCCUCGUCCUCGCAGCUCAACCUCUCGGUGCUGGGGCGCAGCCCCUCGCCCAAGCCCAGCGCCUGCCGCCCCACACAGGGCCCCCCCAGCCCAGCAGGUAGCCUGCCCCGCAACCUGGCGGCCACGCUACAGGACAUCGAGACCAAGCGCCAGCUGGCCCUGCAGCAGAAGGCCAAGCCGCUGCCAGCAGAGCCCUUGCAGCCAGGCGACCUACCAGGUCAGCAGGUGAUUGAGGAGCAGAAGCGGCGGUUGGCGGAGCUGAAGCAGAAGGCGGCUGCCGAGGCUCAGUCGCAGUGGGAAGCCCUGCACGGGCAGCCCCCCUUCCCCGCCGCCUUCCCCCCGCUCGUGCAUCACUCCAUCCUCCACCACCACCGUCCCCACGGCGGCGGGCCCCGGGCCGAGGAGCUGGACCAUGCGUAUGACACCCUGAGCCUGGAGAGCUCGGACAGCAUGGACACCAGCAUCUCCACCGGCAACAACUCUGCCUGCUCGCCCGACAACAUCUCCAGUGCCAGCGGGAUGGAGGCGGGCAAGAUCGAGGAGAUGGAGAAGAUGCUGAAGGAAGCACACGCUGAGAAGUCGCGGCUGAUGGAAUCCCGGGAGCGGGAGAUGGAGCUGCGGCGGCAGGCGCUGGAGGACGAGCGCAGGCGCCGGGAGCAGCUGGAGCGGCGACUGCAGGAUGAGACCGCGCGGCGGCAGAAGUUGGUGGAGAAGGAGGUGAAGCUGCGGGAGAAGCACUUCUCACAGGCUCGUCCCCUGACACGGUACCUCCCCAUCCGCAAAGAGGAUUUUGACCUGCGGCUGCACAUCGAGUCCUCGGGCCACAGUGUGGACACCUGCUACCACGUCAUCCUAACUGAGAAGAUGUGCAAGGGCUACCUGGUCAAGAUGGGCGGCAAGAUCAAGUCUUGGAAGAAGCGCUGGUUCGUCUUCGACCGCAUGAAGCGCACCCUCUCCUACUAUGUGGAUAAACAUGAGACGAAGCUGAAGGGUGUCAUCUACUUCCAAGCCAUUGAAGAGGUUUACUACGACCACCUCCGCAGUGCAGCAAAGAGCCCCAACCCUGCGCUCACCUUCUGUGUCAAGACCCACGACCGCCUCUACUACAUGGUGGCGCCGUCGGCCGAGGCCAUGCGCAUCUGGAUGGACGUCAUCGUCACCGGCGCCGAGGGCUAUACGCAGUUCAUGAACUGAGGGGGGGUGGGUGCCACGCAUCCGAAACCCGCUGACGCCACCCCCCUGAGCCGCACCGGCACGGAGGGGCUCAGUGGGAUCCAUGUGAGCAGCAGCGGGGCCAUGUACAGCCCCUGCCCCCCGGGGGUCCGUGUGCCGCCCGCCCAGGUCUCGCUUUUGGGGCUGGAUUUUUUUAUGUUGACUUUUUGAAAACAAAGUUUAUUGGA